UAGUACUGAUGUUGGGAUCUUGUUAGGAUCACAUCCUUUAGUGCUCGGGGUGUCACCCCAAGCUGCUCCCAGCCUACAAAACCACUUUGGACAGGGAUGGGAUCAUUUGCCUGCUGCCUGCACUGAAGGGCAGGGCACUAAUACAGCAAAUGCCCCUCAGGCUGCAAAAUACCCCACUAGGGUGACUGGCCAAGCCCUCCAUGCCCCGUAUGCUGCUGUUGGCUGAGUCACGGCUGGGCACAGGGCGGAUUUUCACUCAGGGAGCAGCCUCGAGGUUUCAUGGGGCGCGGGCUUGUCGUGAGUCAGCCGCUGAGGUGGCGGAGGAGACCGGGAGGAGGCAGGGAGGCUGCCCUGCUGGCUCGGCUCUCAGCACCACCAGAGCCGGGCAGAAGUGAAGAAACCAGUGUUUAAUUUCAACCUCGGGGCCGUGCUUAAUUUAAACCUCGGGGCCGAGCCCUGUAAACCGGAGGGGGGGCGAGCAGCGAGCCCCGCACCCCGCUGUGAGGGAGGCAGCGCCCAGCCGCCACCCCCAACAUGGCGGCGGCGCCGCGCUCAAGAUGGCGGCGGGAGGCGGCCGCCCCCUUCCCGCGCUCCCGCCUCAAGAUGGCGGCGCGGGGCGGCGGAGGAGUGGCGAGGCGCGGAAGCCGGGUCAUGGCAGCGCCGGAAGAACCGAGCGGCGGCCGGGCCGGCGAGGAGCCAGGCCGGGAGGCGGCGGGUUUGAGCGGUGGCCGGUGUGGCGAGGGGACCGCCGCCGCCACCGCCGUCAUGUUCCGCUGUGGUGAGGAGCUUGUAAGUGGGGAGAGCGAGGAGGAAAGUAAUGGUGUCAACCUGAUGGAGUUCUCGGAUGAGAUCCUUUUGCACAUCCUGAGCUACGUCCCUUGCACAGACCUUGUCCUGAAUGUCCGGAAAACCUGCAGGAAACUCGCAACGCUUUGCCUUGACAAGAGCCUAACCCAUACAGUUUUACUUCAGAAAGAUUAUAAGGUAAACAAAGACAAAGUGAAGCAACUGAUGAGGGAUAUCGGAAAAGAGAUUUACCAGCUGAACAUGGCUGGGUGCUAUUGGCUGCCCAGCUCCACUAUUGAUCAUGUAAUACGAUGCAAGAACCUGGUAAAACUGAACUUGUCUGGGUGCCACAUCACUUCUCUCCGCCUCUCAAAGAUGCUGUCCGCCCUCCAGCACCUGCGUUCCCUGGCGAUAGAUGUAAACCCGGGUUUCGAUGCCAGUCAGCUAAGCAGUGAGUGUAAAGCCACUCUUAGCCGUGUCUCGGAAUUGAAGCAAACCCUUUACACCCCGUCAUACGGUGUCGUUCCGUGCUGCACUAGCCUUGAGAAACUGCUGCUUUACUUUGAGAUCCUUGAUCGCUCGCGAGAAGGUUUUAUGCUCUCCGGGCAGCUAAUGGUAGGUGAGAGCAACGUGCCCCAUUACCAGAACCUUCGCGUCUUCUAUGCCAGGCUGGCUCCUGGCUACGUUAAUCAGGAGGUGGUGAGACUGUACUUGGCGGUGCUAAGUGAUCGGACGCCUGAGAACCUGCACGCCUUCCUCAUUUCUGCCCCUGGUAGUUUCGCUGAGACUGGAGCCACUAAAAACCUCCUGGACUCCAUGGCUCGAAACGUACGCCUGGAUGCUUUACAACUGCCCAAAGCCUGGAUUAACGGCUCCGGGCUCCUGCAACACUUGAAGUUCAACAACCCUUUCUACUUCAGCUUUAGCCGCUGCACCUUAUCUGGUGGCCACCUGAUCCAGAGAGUUAUUAACGGGGGGAAGGAUCUUAAAAGCUUGACCAGCCUGAACCUCAGUGGCUGCGUUCACUGUCUGGCUCCAGAGUCCUUGUUCCGAAAAGCAGAAGACGACAUUGACAGCAGCAUUCUGGAAAGCCUGGUAGUGUCCUGCUGCAACCUGCGACACCUCAACCUCUCCGCAGCUCACCACCACAGCUCAGAAAGCAUAGGGAAUCAUUUGUGCCAGCUUCUGUCCAGGCUAAAGCACCUCCUCUCGCUAGCACUCCCAGUUUGUUCCAUCACAGACGUUGCUGCAAACGUGGAAAAGCCUCCCACGCAGCCCAAUGCGGCACCCCAAACCUUUGGAAAGAAAGUCCGGGUGGGGAUACAGACGUACCCGAGGAACUUAACGGACCAGGCGAAUCAGAAGAUAGAGUCUUCGGUGUUCUGGACUCUGAUGGGAAGCCUCCGCUUUUUGGAAACCUUGGAAAUAAUAGGGUCCAGUUUUUCCUCUGCCAUGCCCCGCAACGAGCCGGCCAUUCGGAACUCGUUGCCUCCUUGCGUCCGGGCGCAAAGCGUGGGGGAUUCAGAGGUGGCUGCCAUUAGCCAGUUGACUUAUUUGCAGAGCCUCACCCUAGCACAACUGCCAAAUAUCAUUACUGGUUCUGGGCUCGUUAGCAUCGGAUUGCAGUGCCAGCAUUUGCGGACUCUUUCGCUGGCCAACCUGGGCAUGAUGGGGAAGGUGGUCUACAUGUCUGCUCUCAUGGACAUGCUGAAACACUGCAAGUGCUUGAGAGAUCUCAGGCUGGAGCAGCCCUACUUCAGCGCGGGCGCCCAGUUCUUCCAGGCGCUGAGCCACUGCUCCUCUCUCCAGAGGCUUUGCAUCGUCUCCCGGAGCGGGACUCUGCAGUCUGACGCAGUGAUGUCAUUCAUGGCCAGCUGCCUCGAGGUCGUCAUGUGCCACAUGUUUAUGGGAGAAUCUCUCACCGUCUGCAGAAACCUCCAGCAGUCCAUUGUCCGGAGUUUCCAGGCGGACCGCCCCGCGCUAAACGUCGUCAUUUUCCCUCUGCUUCACGAGGACUUGACGGAGGUCAUCAGAGACGUCCCCAUGAGGCACUUGGAUGAAAUCACCUUGUUCAAAAGCCGAGUGGCCGAAGAGCCCCCCAACCUGUGGUGGUGACUGGUGAUCAGCAUGGCAAGGGACACUUGGAGGGAACGCGUGGAAUAGCUUCUCCUUGGCCUGGAUUUCCCCACCUUCAGCUCCCGGCCACCUCGCUGGAUGCUGUACAAUCACUUUCAGUAGGUGCAAUUGCGAAAUAAAAACAAAACAAAACAAAAAGCUGUUCCUUCGCAGUGGGGAAACAUCUCUUGGAUAGUGCUCGCAUCUGAAAAGCCUGUCUCAAAGGCUUCUGGAAUGUGGUGAGUGUUUCCUUGUGGUUGAUGAUGAAUUGCUUGGUUCCUUUCCUCAAGAUGAAGGUAAGAGAACCUGACGUAGUAACGCUCUUACCCCCCGUGUUGCCCGGUGUGUUUUUUAAGGGCCCCCGUGUACUUUGGCGGCGUGCUUCGUGAUAUUGGUGGAAAUCAUCCUGUGCUUUGGUCUGUUUUGGGCAAAGUAGAAAGCCUGAGACAGCCAAGAGGCCCAAAUGUGUUGCUCCAUCGGAAUGCAUCACGUUUUUCCUGUGUUACAGACCCGCAUUUGUAGUCACACGCACACACAUGCAAUCACAGAUAUCUAACGGUCCUUUGAUGAGAAGUACCACGAGGACUCUUUAAUUUUUGAGUAACAGCUCCAGGUUAUUAACACCUCGACCAUGGUAUCUUCUGGUUGAGACGGUUCCCAUCAGUGGGCCUGGUGGCAGAAGCUCUCAGCUAUUUAGGAAAUCCUUGUCCUAGGGUAGAUGGGGCUCCUGUCUGGUGGAAGUGCUGUCCGUGUCGCCGUUUAGAUGGGAACGUAGCGUGCCGGUUCUGUCCUCGGGUCCCAUGCCUUGAGCUCAUGCUAAUUUUAGAGAUGUUAUCGAGCGUUUUCACAGUGUGAUUUCAGGCAGCUUCUCCGCUCCACAGAACCUCCUCAGGCAUCAGCAGUGGUCUGGAUCACUUUCAUAUUGCCUUAUUUACUGAGCACUUUUCUGAAAGCAUCAGACAGCUGAACCAAAAGCCGAGCUGUGAAUUCCUGGAGCGCCGGUUCUGGGUGGCAGUCGGAUUUCUGUUUUGCUGGAGUAUUUUGGGGUAGAGCAGUGGGUCUGUCCUCUGCAAAGCAGCUAUCACCCAGUAACUUCUCCACCCAUUAUCUCCUAAGCACGGUCUCGUGUUGAGCAGUGCUCUUCUGGGGAGGCCCCGUGUCAUCCAAAGGUGAUGUCCCCAUCUCCUUGUCAGCGCUUUCUGUGCAGGGUGCCACCUCCCAAAUGCUCUUCUGUGAUCAGCGUUUCAUAGGAAGCCUGGUUUGGUGGGAUAGCUUUGAGGACAAAAAGCAUCUCGCAGCUUUGGAGGACUUUCCCUCCUUACUUCCCCAUCAGUCGGAUGUGCACGUGGCUGGAAAUCUCUUGCUGGUGUAAAUCAGACUGCAGCAACCUACUGCUCAGACAGGUUAUGGUGUGGAUGAGCAGGAUAACAAACCUACUACCACACAUCUGGGCACUGCUAAAACUAACCCUGCCUGUUUGCUGUCUGCCCUCAGCUUCUCUCCCUCCUGCACCAGCAGCCGGUACUGAGGCCGGUCCCUGCUCCUCCGGGAGCAGCUGCAUCUUCCUACAGACGAGCCCCGAGUGCCACAGGUAGGAUGCUGUGCUGGUGCGUGCAGCAGGCUGCUACCCUCUCCUUGGCAUCCCGCCACUGUUUUCUCUCCUGCUGUCCCAGCGAGGCCGUUCUUUCUACCUCUUGUCACAUCGCUCGGCUGUUUGAAUCCCUCUCUCCCUCUCCAACAGCUUUUUGUUUUUUUUUUCUUUUUCCCUUCUCUUCCUCCCACACUUUAGCAAAUCAGAUGGACUUCUUGGCAGGCACGCGAGUCGCUGCUCUGUCCAGUUCAGGCCACUUCAGCUCUGCCUGGUUGUCGUCCAGGUUUCCUUCAUGGAAUAAAUGCUGGGGGUCAGGCAGCAGGCAGCACCAACGCCGCUGUCUCCUCCUGUGCCUCCAGCCUCAGGGCAGGGUAGAGGGGAGGCUGAGGGUAUGGAGCCAGCUCUCUGCUGCCUAAGGGGACCUGUUUGGUACUGUGCACAGCAGGAGAAAGGCUGUCCCCAUCCCAAACAGGGAUUUUCUCUCCACCUACACCCUGCAGCACCAGCGAUCCCCAUCUGCCUGUCCCGCUGGGCUGGGGCAGACAACCAGGCAGGUUUUACGGCACCACGAUCCCGUUGCCUGCAGCACGGCGUUCAGACAGCUGUAUUCAUGCAAACGGGUCAAAAGUCCCGAUGCAAACGCUACCAGCUCUGAUCAGGGAUCACCCACAGGUGGUAAAAGGAGCCCCAUAAAUAGCGACGAGGAGCUAAAAGCUCCUUCCCUGCUCCCCGACUGCGGGCCGAGGCUCCCAACCCCUGCUACAAAUUCUCUUCUGGUGAGUGCGAAUUUCCGCUGCUCCUGCACUCCAGGCAGGAUCCACCAGAUGUUAAUAAUGUGCUUAUUUUCUCUAAGUGCUAUUUUGGCAGCGGUGUUAAUUACAAUUUAUAUUCUGCAACAUUUACACUGGGAAAAAAGAACCCACCCUAAUAGUCCCCGAUUGGCAGAGCCGGGCUAUUAAGCAUAGCACCAUAUGUUCAGAGCAGAGCAAUAUAUGGGGCUCGGAGACCGCUCGGCGUGCAGCCUUCGAGCAGGAGAGGACAGAGGGACUGGUGGUUUUGCUUUUAUUUAAUAAGAAAUUCUCCCCUUUCCUCUGCUUUCUGUCCCCACCUCUCUGGAAAUCUCCCCCUGCUACCCGUAAGCGCCUGACGAGGCGAUCCCUGCGCCUGCUGAUGCUGCUUCCCAUCGUUUCAAAUAAAUGAAGUCGAUUACCAAAGGUGCCCUUCUCGCAGGAGCUGCCUCUGCAGGGUUCCCGGUCCCUGCUGGCGUUUCGUGCUGCUCUCCUCAUCAGCCCUGCGAGCUCUGGGGACCGCAGGAGCAGCAGCCGGUGCUGUGACCCCGGCAAGGUCCCCGGGAGAUGGACGUCCCGGGGCGAGUCCCAGCAGUGGGUAAAAUCAGAAGUCUUUUGCUCUGUUCCUGUUCAAAGUCCUAUUUAGGAACGUGGCUUUGGGUUCCUGCGGGCUGGGAGGCUUUAGGUGUGAGGAGUGACUGUGAUUUUGGUGGAAGAAGCUUGGUGGGACCGAGCCCUCGGUGUUUCAGGAGGUCUCUUAGGAGUGGAUUUUAGGGGACUGCUCCCUCAGCUGUUUCGCCAAGUGGAUUUUAGGGUCUCUUUGCAACCUGGCAGUGGGAAGGGGGCUGGGUGGCACCAGCACUCCCUCAGGGGGAUUUGGGAUUUUGGGAUUUGGUGGUGGGGAUGUUUGGGCAUCACCAUUACCCUUUUCUGAGGCUGCCCCGGCUGCGGCUGCGUGGCAUUUUCCAGUUUGUGCAGCCUCAUCGGUGCAGGAGAAUUGGUUUAUCCCCCUGGGGGGGAAUCCUCCCCAAUUUUUGGUCCCUAUCGGGCAGCCACAGCUCCUCUCCUGCCUGCGGGGCACCCCGCGAGCCCGGCUGGGUGCUGCGGGGCCGAAUCUCCUCCGCUGCAGCUCCCUGGCCCCUCCGAUGAGACGUACAGGGUGCAGUGGCAGGAGAAGCAUUUCCAUAGAAACCAGGCGGGAUAUGUACGGGGAAUAAUGAUUAAUGGGGAGGGGACGGCGCCUCCGGCCCUUCUGCUGUGUUAGGGGGCAGAGGGACAAGCCAGAGCACGGGUUGGGGGGGAAAGGCAGCCCCAAAAACCGAUGAGAGCCGUCCCUCAGCGGGCUCAGUUCCCCUCUGCUCCCCCCCCCACCCCCGGCUUUCGUCAAAUUUUCAAAAUGGCCAACCCGGGUAGAAAUAAUCCGAAUAACGAAACGGGAUGGAUGAGGUCUGACUACUAACACUGUUGCUGUUAGCAGCAGGAUUUCGGCCAUAAAACGUGAAGCAAGGGAGGCAUUGACCUUUCUGCUGCUGGAAAUGAAUGGAGACAUCAAUAUCCAUUGUUUGGUGGCGCUGACCUCUGACGCUCUCCUUUCUCCCUCCCUUUCCUUUUUUUUUUUUUUUUAAUUCCCCCCCCAACACUCGAGGGAAGGGGUCAGGCUGUACCAUCGAUUGAUCCCGAUCUUACUUGGUGAUAGGGAAAUAAUUGGGAUUUUAAAGAUCUCUGCUGCACGCCGGCAAAAUGCGUGCGCGGGCGUGCGCGCUAAGCCCCUGCUCCUCUCCGCGUUGCUUCUCCCCCUUCCCUCGUGGAAAUUCAAAGCUCUGAGAUCUGAAGGAAGACAUCAAUAUAAGUUUAAUUACAGUGGGGUUUUUAUUUCAGUUUUUUUUUUUUUUUUAAAUGGUAAAGUGUAACGUUUUAUGUUAAUGCUGUCGGAGCCUGGCUGCCUGGUGCCUUGUUUUAUUUAUUGUUUUAAGUAGCCCCUUCUUUUGUGAACUUCGUCUAUGUACAGCGAAUGUGAAAUCAGGCAUUGCUAAUUAGCUGUAUGACAAUUAAGUAAUGUAGCACAAAACCAUUAGGACACUGGAUUUGUUUUUGAAGUUCGUCCUUUGAAGUGGAAGCUGCAGCUCCCUGCCCAAGGCUGCUGGGGAAAAAUGUUUUUCUAUCAAAACUUUUCUUUGAAAAUAAAAUGUCAGUGUAAGAGUC